AUGGAACAGCCUGAGAUUGACGACGAGGACGAGUAUGAGUACGAGUACGAUGAAGAUGAGACAGAGACCUUUUACGUUGAUAUUGACCUCUCUUCUCUCAACCCGGGAAUCAGAACACAUGAUGGCCCCGUCAGCAUGCCCCGGACGGUGACUCCUGCAAAAAGAAAGAUUGAUGGCACUUCUGCACACACGUUCCACCCAGAAGAACCCAGUCCGGAUCAUGCGAGUGAUCCAACAGAAGAAGCCCAUGGCACACCGAUGCAGGAAUCACAAGAUACGCCCGCCCACAUUGCAGCGAGCGAGCAAGAUCGAUUCAAGCCCUAUCAGGCACGUGUGCAGAUUCUCGACCUGGACUCGGUCAAUCCCAUUGUCUCCUACCAGGGCGAAGUGUACAGUUGCAACUGGAGUGACUUGAUGGGCACAAAUAUGUUUUUCACUCACCCAGACACGAUUGAUACCGCUGAAGCUUUACGAUCAAUGGAAGACUACAACCUGAUUGGCACAUCGCGAAUCAAGCUUGUUGGCCAUCAAGCCAAAAUAAUCAAGAGACCGACUGGACCUGAAGAGGCAGACGGUAACGUGGAGAACGGACAGCCGCAAGACAGCAACAACGCCCUGGCUAGUCAAAGGACCGAGGACCGAAUCAGAGAGAAGCAAGCUUCUUUCUUGGAGAAGCUCAAAGAAAUUCAACAGCGACAGAGAGAAGCUGAUGUCGCUCAGUCACCCACAAAUCAAGAGGAGCCAUCGCCCGACCAGGUGGAAUCGCAAGACCCCGUUAACGUUCAGGUCUUCGAAAGGGAUGUAGAUGCUCUCGUGAGGACACAAGAAUCCAAUUCCCAAUCUGGUGCAAAUGGCCCAGAGUCGACGGAGACUUCUCACAGAGUCGACAAGCCUCAUGCGGAGGGCUAA